AUGAAUGGAAUUAAAGAAAAUGAAAAGAAAAUCUUUGCUUUUAUAUUUAAACUUCCUGAUAACAUUAUAGAAUAUUAUGAAAUGAAUUCAACAGCAGAAAAUACAUAUAAACAAGCUAAAGAAAUUCUUAUAUCUAAAUAUAAUUCCUUCAUUUGUCACGAUCAAAUGUUUGAUCUGGAUGAAGUCCAGCAAGUUUUAAGUCUUUGUGUAAAGAUAUCUUUCCAUCUUGGUUUUGGUUUUCCUCUUGGUCUUUUACCAUCUAUCUUUAUUUGUAAACUAGUUUUUUCGACUGAUGAUUCUUUAGAUCUCAGCACAUAA